AACUUGAGCGAUUCCCAGUUUCCGACCGGAAUUUCAGUUUGAGCUUAGCUUAGCAUCGGACUGUUGAUCAUGACCGCGAUUCCCAGUUUCCAUCGUUCACUAGUCACCGGCACUCCCAGUUACCAAUCGGAAUUUCAAUUUGAGCAUCUGACCGUUGAUCAUGGCAGCGAUUCCCAGUUUCCCUCGUUCACCAGACACCGACACUCCCAGUUUCUGAUCAGAAUUUAAUUUGAGCAUUGGGACGUUGGUCAUGGCAACAAUUCCCAGCUUCCAUCAUUCACCGAUCACCGCAACUCCCAGUUUCCGACCGUUGGGUUCAAAAACGAGAUUAAUCCCUUCACUGCCUGUCCCCCUUUCCAUCUUUCACUCACUCUCACAUUCUCUCUCUCUCUGCCCCUCUCACUGGCUAUCUCUGUCCACUGCCUUUCUUUCUCUCCUUCCCCGCCGGCAACUCCAGGCGAGAAUGAAGUGGACGCGCCUAUUUUUCGACGACCGCGAGAUGGAGGUUGCCGGAAUAUCGCUAUCUCUUGGUUGGAGCAUUCAUGAAAGUUAAGUAGCUGGUUCAAAUUUCUGAGAAGCUGAUGUACCACUAACGUCUAACAUCAAAAUGAAUUUGUCCGGAAAUUGCUCCAGUUUUUUCUCCAGAGUUAAGGGCGAUUGUAACCUUUGUGUCCAAUGAGCAUGUGUUGGGUUAUUUCCUUCCAUAUGGAGGAAAGCCCAAGUGGGCUUUAUUAAAAGACCAAAGCCUAGCCCUUUUGGUGUGGAAAACCUAAAGGAAGUUGUAAAAAGAGAGGGGAGAAGAGAGGAGCCGUCACUUCUCAAAAGAAAGAGAGAAAAAGGUAAUUUUUUCUCAUGCUGCUGAUAUUUCAUCAAGACUCCGAUCCCGCUUCAUCUAUGGUCCGAUCGAGCUGAAAUUUGGAGGAGAGGCUCACGACUCAAGGAGCUACAAUAUGAACGGUGGAGAUCAGAUUUGGGGCUCGGGAGUUGGGAUUUUUUCCCAUGAACAGUAACCGCAAAUUUGGUAAUGGUAACAUGAUUUCAGUUGCUGCUUAGAAUGGUGGAGUUCCUCGGUUCAUUGCAAAUUAACCAUCAUCUGCACCACCUAUAUUUCCUUCAUCAACUGCAACAGAAGCAUCCUUAUCGGAGUGCUACCAUUCAUUCCUUGAUUAAUGAGGCAUUUCCCCUUAAAAUGGGAAGCAUGCACGAUUGUGGAUGUCUAAUGCUUGCUUGUUUGCAUUUCAGCAUGUGCUGCAUUCAACUUCCCACUGAAGCAACAACAUGCUGCGCAGCAGCACUAGCUGCAUUAGCACAGUCAGGAUCAGUAGUAAAGUCCCUCGCACCAGCAAUGUAUCUUCACCAAGUGCAGCCAAUUCCACAAAAACCCCUCCCAAUUCCUACUGUGUCAGAGCACCCCAACCUUACAGGGAAAGUCAUGCUCUGGCAUUGCCUUUCUUUAGUGAUUCCUUCUUUUCUUAUCAAAUUCUACAUCCGUCACAGCUUCUGUAGCAACAGAAGCCACCACUCCCUCAGCCAUAGAAAAUUCAACAAAUGCAUCAAAACCAAGUAUUUCCAGUGGUUCCUCAUCUUCACAGAAACAUUUGUAAAAUCAGCGACAACAGAAGAGGCCAUGUGGCAGUGGCAUCAACAGGGGGAGUGGAAACUUGCAAGGGCUUUCAAGCCCCAAAGAUGGCUAAUAACGGCCAACAUAGCGGCAUCAAAUCAUUAUCAUCAUAAGAGCAAAUCCAGCACAUGGCAGCACCUCUUCAAGCCGGUUGGUGAAGAUAGUCCAUCAAUGACAGAUAGCUGAAUCUUGUGUGUCAGUAUCAGCAUCUAUGGUCAAAAUUUUCUUUGCCCAUUCAUUCCCCCCAAUUUCGCUUUGCUGAUACCACUGGCGUUUUUGAGCAGCAUUGGUGCUUCUUGUGGUAAUCAUGGUGACAAAAGGCAGCAGCUAUAGGGAUUGAGAGCUGGUGUUGAACCACUACCAUCUUAAGGUUUUUCCAUGUCAUUUGCAUCCAUUAAUGAUGCUUCUAUUGCUUAUGGCCUUGACAUAUCAUAAAUGGCACAAAACCAUGGCAUUCAUCAGAGCCUCCUAGAGCAUGCUGGAAAUAAUUUUCAGAUUAUGGCAGCUACAGCUGCUGACCAAGCAGCACUGCAGAAAACUACCAAAUUUCUGAAGAUGGGAAAGCAUGUGGUACAACACGCCUAAUAGUGCAAAAGAAAAAAAGAAAGGCCAUUGCAGGAAACAUUAUAAAACUUUAUAAGAGAAUAAGGAGUUAGGGGGACCUUCACUUCAUUAUAAAUUUGACCUGAACCUUCUCUUGUGGAGCCCUGAGAAAGUCGUCUGUGGUAGGUUAAUGCAGUUCUCCUGCUGUGGCCCUGUGGUGAUUCAAGUCUAGGAUUCUAAAUAAUAAUGAAAUCAAUUGAAGUGGCUGGGCAGGAACAAGAAGCAGUCAACUCACAACCUUGGCUCUGCUUCAUCAAGUGCUUCUGGUUUCUAAUAUUUGCGUACUAAUUCAUUCAUUAUGUGGAAAUUUAAGUUGAUUGUACUCGUCCAUUUUACUCGUAGGGCUUACCUUCUUAUUUUGUUUCAGAUCACAUAAAUGGAGUCUGUGGCAUUUAAUGACAUAAAUAUUGUUGGAUAUUCUCCUUUGCAUUUUUUAAUGAGUUGGAAGAUAUUGGGGGUUAAUAUAUCUUUAUUUGUAAAGUUUAAUGAUU